UAGGUGCACUUCAAUUUGUUCCUCGUGUUGCAGUGUCUAAGUUGGGCAGGGUAUAAGAUAAACCAAAUUAAACACAUAAUACACCCAAAAAAAUGUUGACAUUUGAACGUUAAACACCACAUAGAUCAUGCAGGGAGACAGAUCGGUAAAAAGGACGAGCUGAGUCGGCCUGGGUUGUUGACAUUUAUGGGUAUUUAUGUAAUUCAGCAUUAAGCCCAGUCACGUGAUCAUUGAUAUCAUCCUCGUUUUGGUAUCUAUCAUCAUCUUCCCGCUCGUCUUUUUAAAUUUUACUUAAAAAAAAAAAAAGGGUCCAAAAUCCGAACUCCUGAGUUUCAAAUUCAUGCUUUAUCAGUUGAAAACUUCAGUCUACUUGCAACUUGUAACUGUCAAAUCUUCUCCAAUCAUUACAUUUCCUCAUUAAUUUCCCAGGAACUGAUCUUCCUUUGUGAGAAAAAUUGACAAAUGGAGGGCGACCUCUUGGAGAUCUCUGAGGAAGACAACGAUUCCUUGCUUUUACAGCACCAGCAAAUCCAAACCGAUGUCGUUUCCAGCUUUGACCCUUCCUUUUUCUCUUGCUCCCCUCUCCAUUUCCCUAUAUCCAAUCCCACAGAUGUGAAAGCGCGAUGCCCUACCUUUUCUUCCAAUAUUAACAAAGAGAAUAUCAGCAAUACUGAGACUAAAUCUGAGCUUCCAAAGCUAAGUUUGGAGCCGCAUCAAAUGAAGAGGAAAAAGAAAGUUGGAGGUUAUAAUUUGAGAAAAAGUUUAGCUUGGGACCGCGCUUUCUUCACUGAAGAAGGUGUUUUGAAUUCAACAGAAUUAUCUUUGAUUAGUGGGAAUUCCAGUAAGUUGAGUGGUGAGAAAUUGUUGACUAUAGAGGAAGAGCCGGGAGAAUCAUUAUCCGGUGAUUCAUCUGAUUUGCAGGCACUUGAGAGUAAUUUGUUUAAAGAGUUGCCAUUAAAUAGUAGUAAUGCGAAAGAGGCAAAAAAGAUUGGUAUUAGUAGCCUCAGGCAGAAGAGUUCUGGUUCAGCCUCUCGUUUCAUGGUUGGUUAGAUAUUCUCCAAUGCA